AUGGAGGGCUGUAUCUGCGUGGGCUUAGGUGAGCACAGGCUCACUAUGACUCAGUCCAAUGAGCGUGUGCGUCUGCGUUGCCUCUGGGCCAUGCUGUCAGCUCCCCCCAGUCGUUCCCUACGUCGGCAAUACAUAUUUUGCCUUUUCGUCUUCGAGGAAGUCUCGGAGUGCUACGGAAUGGUCAAACUUUGUUGCAAAAAGAAGACCAAGUGA